GUGACCGUCGCCAUUAUGUAUGUAUCGGCUACCUUGUGAGCUGUCUGCCUGCUUGGUUAGCAUGAGUAAAUGUAGAUAAAAGGUUAGAAUCGAUACCAAAAUUAAACACAAAGCAGGCAUUACACCCAUUGUGCUUCAAAAAUCUACGUUGCUCGCGGCUAGUUAAGUAGCUGGUAAGCUAACCGUACCUGGUGGUAGCCACACUAGUCUAGACUAGCUAGCAGUGAGAGUAGUAGAGAGGUAAGUAAGUUACAUAGCCAGGAGGCGAUUUCAGGCCGACCGACAGUCAGCUGGGCUGCGGGCACAACAGGACCAUCCCAGGGCGGCUAAAGCAUGUCAGACGAGCUGCUGAUCGGCGACGAGCCGCUGAUGAAAAUGGAAGAAGACGGGGAGGCGAACAGCGAGCAGAUAGCGGCCGUGGAGGAGAGCGGCUCGGCCGUGUCGGAAGGCUCCAAGAUCGAUGCGAGCAAAAACGAGGAGGAUGAAGGGAAGAUGUUUGUUGGAGGGCUGAGCUGGGACACCACAAAGAAGGAUUUAAAAGAUUAUUUCUCCAAGUUUGGGGAGGUCGUGGACUGCACACUUAAACUGGACCCCAUGACGGGGCGCUCCAGAGGGUUUGGCUUUGUGCUCUUUAAAGAUGCCGACAGUGUUGAAAAGGUUAUUUUACAAAAGGAACACAAACUGAAUGGGAAGGUUAUUGACCCCAAAAAGGCCAAGGCCAUAAAAACAAAGGAGCCAGUUAAGAAGAUUUUUGUAGGUGGCCUUUCUCCAGACACACCUGAGGAGAAAAUUCGAGAGUACUUUGGAGGAUUCGGAGAGGUGGAGUCCAUUGAACUACCUAUGGAAAAUAAGACAAACAAAAGGCGAGGUUUUUGCUUCAUAACCUUUAAAGAUGAGGAGCCUGUAAAGAAAAUUAUGGAGAAAAAGUACCACAAUAUAGGCUUGAGUAAGUGUGAAAUCAAAGUGGCCAUGUCCAAAGAGCAGUACCAGCAACAGCAGCAGUGGGGAGGGCGAGGUGGUUACUCCUCCAGGUCUCGGGGGAGGGGUGGUCCAAAUCAAAAUUGGAACCAGGGUUAUGGCAGUUACUGGAACCAGGGAUAUGGUAAUUAUGGUAACUACAGCUAUAACAACCAAGGCUACGGGGGAUACGGUGGCUAUGAUUACUCCGGAUACAACAACUACUACGGAUAUGGUGACUACAGCAAUCAGCAGAGUGGUUAUGGAAAAUCGCCAAGGCGAGGUGGUCACCAAAACAGUUACAAGCCAUACUAAUAUAUUAUCCCCACUAAGUACAAGCAGGUACGUUAUCAUAUUGCUUACAACAAGCCUUUAAUACAAAGUAUAUUUUUCAUAACUAUAUUUACCUCUAUUGUUUAAUGUAUACAUGCUUAAUUAUUUUUUUCUUUAAAGUUUUUCACAGCACCCUCAAGUGCUUUACAGUAAUGGUAACAUAGAGGCUACAGCGCUUUCUCUUUUUCUUUUUUUUUUUUCUUUUUUUUUUUGGGCGAUAUGUAACAACUGACUUUCGGCUCUUUGUGCCAAUUUGUAACGGUAAAGUUAACAGGUAACGUACUGCUAAAAUGGGUACCGAAAUUAAGCAAAUGGGAGGAGGAAGAAGAAUGUUGUCCUGAUUCUGACAUAUACCUUGUUUGUACCUGCCAGCGGGAACUUCCUUGCAGGCCAUGAGUCGCGCUGACUUCCCGCUUCUCUCAGGCCCGCUCAAUGCGGACAGGGUACGAGAGGCGUACGCUCUCGAAUGCUGCCAUUUGGUAUGGUCUUCCAACAUCCUGUAUCAGCAUUGUGAAAAAAAAAAAAGGGAAAAAAAAAAAUAAAGUGGAUACAUCCAGCUUUGUCUUCUUCUUUUUAAAUUUUUUUCUUUUUCGUAUCGUUUUAAUGUAAAGGAAUAAAUUAAUGUAAUUUUAAUGGUAUUUUUUACAGGCCCCCUUCACACGUAAUGGUUAAAUACGACAUCAUACUGAAAAAAUAACUCUUCAUUUUUCAAAGGAUACAGCUUUCUCUGGAUUUUCCAGUGUCUUUAAUAUAUGCAUUCCUAAUCUAUCUGUAAUGCUUGCUUUUCUUUAUUUAUAGCCCUUGUAGCAGUAAUAGCCAGUAGUCCAUGAGCUAAAACCUGGUCUGUACUUGGAUCCCACUGCGUUGGAGAAGUGCUUUUAUAUUUAUACUUGUACUGUGUCUUGUGUAGCUGACAGCGAUGGAAAAACUUCUCUUGUAAACAUUGUUAAUUUUCCUCUAACAAAGUUCUCUUUUUUAACCUUUUGAAAAACUGCUCAAAUGUUUUUUUUUCUCCUUUUUUUUUCCUUUUUCCUUUUACGGAAAUUCGCAUGUAAUGCUUACAUUGUGUAUUUUUUUGAACAAUUGAAGGCUUUAAUGGUAUUGCAUUUGAGCUUCGACAUCUUCAAUUUGUUGCACUUCAGGAUUUCUAGCUUAUGGACUAACUUCUUAUUUUUUAAAUGUUAAUUUUAGACAUUGGUUCCUUUUUGGGCUCCAUAAUGGAAUUUGUAAACACAUGGGAUUCCUUUGACAUUAGUUUGUGUGCCAUGUGUCUGUUACAAAUAGUUGCUUGAUGCAUUGUUCUCUUGUCUUUUUCAGGUAAUGGAGCAUGAUUGUUUGUCUGGUGGAAGCUCAGAAGAACCUGGUUUUAAAACAAGCCAGUUUGAGUUUUAUUUGUCUAUGUUAAACAGUUCUGUUGUGCUUCUGCAGUCUUUGUUUGAAUCAGAAUUUACUUACUCUAAGCGCUAUAUUUUGUGGUACCUUUACGAAGCUUGUAGUCAUCUAGCCUUGUGUUCAGUUGUUUUGUGGAAAUAUAUAUUAUAUAUGCAUAUUUUAAUAAAAUGAAUAAUUUUAGAUUUUAGUGCCUGUAUUCCUAAACAACCUAUUUUGUAAAACUUUGUUUUGUAAGAUGUUUUGGUUGGUUGGUUGUAGGUUUUUCCCCAUUUUUUAUUUUUUUAAAGGGUGGGGACUUAACAGUGACUUCUGUUAUCGACUAGAUUAUUCAAGGAGUAGAACAUCCAGAUGUCCUGUUAUAGAAAUUGUAACAUUAAAGAUAUGUCUGAAUACCA